CUUUCUUGGUCUUAGUGAGGACAUGAGCAGGAGCGUUCUGAAUCAACUGCAGCUGUCUGAUCGAUUUAUUUAUUUAUUUAUUUUUUUAGGGGGACCUGUAAAGACAUCAUUACAGUAGUCAAGUCAACUGAAGAUAAAUGCAUGGACAAGUUUUUCCAAAUCCUCCUGAGACAUAAGUCCUUUUAAAUCUGGAUAUAUUCUAUAAGGUGGUAAUAGGCUGACUUUGUAAUUGUCUUAAUGUGGCUGUUGAAAUUCAGGUCUGAGUCUAUAACUACACCAAGAUUUCUGGCUUGGUUUGUGGUUUUUAACAUUACCAAUUGAAGCUGAGCACUGACUUUUAAUUGUUCCUCGUUUGCACAGUAUUGCAAGUAUUGCAGGUGGCCUGUAAAUAUUUAGAAAUAUUGUGGUAGUCAGCCACCUUAUCCUCCCAAACCCCGUGUUCUCUGUUGUUCUCUCCUAUCCUGGUGCGUCUUGUAUGUCCCUGAUUCGUCUCUGGAUGUGUGUGUAUGUCUCCUGGUCUGGCCCCGUGGUUUCCCGCCUGCUGCUGAUCACCGGCACACCUGUCUCCAAUCAUCCAUCAGUCUCCACAGCUUAAAUACCAGGCUCUCCCACAACACCAACACCAGAUUGUCCCUGUACAAUUCCUGCCGGCCUGUCUCUCCAGCCACUCCACCACGGAGCCAGACCCUUUGCAUCCAACCUGCUCCAUGAUCUUGGUUCCGCUGACGGUCAGUCUCCACACCCCACCACCAACUCCACCUCGUGGCCAGCCCAGGUCUACACGGUACAACCUACACAUCACCUCACAGACCAGUCUGCCUGUCCAGAUCCACGCGGCGUCUAAACCAAGUCAGACGGGUGACCGCUGCUUCAGUCUCCACGCCGGAACCAUCGCUACUUCCCUGGAGUUAUCCGCGACAGUUAUAUCCGUGACAGUACCCCCCCCUCCACGGCCAGCUCCCGAGGGCCGAAAAACCCAGCUGACAUGGUGGUCGUCCUCUACCACGGGGAGCAGGUUGAUCCGGGCGGACGGCCAGAGUUUGGGCAUGUGCGGAGCUGGGAACUUUGGGUGGAUGACCCGGAGCCUGGACACGUGUGGAGCUGGGACUCUCAGACGAACGACCCAGAGCCUGGACACGUGUGGAGCUGGGACUCUCAGACGAACGACCCAGAGCCUGGACACGUGUGGAGCUGGGACUCUCAGACGAACGACCCAGAGCCUGGACACGUGUGGAGCUGGGAGACUCGGAUGGACGACCCAGAGCCUGGACACGUGUGGAGUCUCGGACGGACGAUCCGGGGAUUGGCCUGGCAUGGAGCUGAGGACCGCAGGUGGAUGGCAUAGAAACUGGCCUGCGUGGAGCUGAGGAACUUGGGUGGAUGGCCCAUGGACUGGAUAGUUGUGGAGCAGGGGACCCCGGGCGGCUCUCAUGCGGUCUGUGAUGAAGAUCAACCCCAUCUGGAGGCCUGGCGGAAUGCCGGUGGCACAUGAGGAAGGUCACUGGAGGCCAGCGGUGAAUAUGGAGAGUCAUAGGAGACCGGCGGUGAAGACUGAGACUUUCUGGAGUCCGGCAGCGAAGAUGAAGGCUGGGACCCUCUGGUAAUGAUGGAGAGUCACAGGAGCCCGGUGGCGAAGACAAAGGCUGGGACCCUCUGGAACCUGCCGGCGAAGACGGGAACCCCCUGGAGGCUUGCGGUGAAUGCGGGAACCCCCUGGAGGCUUGCCCACCAGAUCAGGGGCCGGCGGCGGGACCGCCGGACAGGAUACCGGCGACGGGACGAUAGGACAGGGAGCUGUGGCAAUCUGGCAGGGGGUGCUGGCUGCUGCAAUCCAGCAGGGAGUGAUGG